AUGAGGAAAGUUGGCUGGCAGUCAGUGGCUUAUUGCCCAGUCCCACGCCACGCCCUCACAUAUACUGUAUAUAUACUGGUGUACGUGUUCCUCUCCUGGCGGCUCAACCUCCAGGUUCACAUCCUCUGCUUCCACAUCUUCUCAUCUCUCAGGACAACUGUACAUCCUCAGCCAUGGGCAACCACAGCAGCCACCAACACUUCACCGGCACCAACCCAGGCACAGUUAACUUCGCAAGCCCAGUCGACCUCCCAGACGAUGUGCUGCUGUACCGGACUCUGAGCCAUGCAAACCCAUCAGGGAAUAUGUUUGUGUCUCCGCUGAGCAUCCAUUCAGCUCUGGCUAUGGUCUACCUGGGAGCCAGCGGAGAAACAGCUUAUCAAAUGGAAAAGGUCCUGGCAUUCGAACCUGGUGAAGACGUCCACGCUGACUCCAUGAAGCUAAUCGCAGACAUCAACUCACCAUCGGCAUCAUACAUUCUGAAAACAGCCAAUCGUUUAUAUGGGGAGAAAACCACAAAGUUCCUCCCUACAUUCCUGGAAGCCAUAGGUAAGUACUACAAGGACAACCUGAAGACUGUGGAUUUCAUCGGGGCCGCGGAGGCGUGCAGAGGAGAGAUCAACACCUGGGUCGAGAAGCAGACAGAAAAUAAAAUAAAAGAUCUCCUGAAGACAGUCUCUGAUGGUACGAGGCUGGCUCUGGUCAAUGCCAUCUACUUUAAGGGAAACUGGAUGUAUCGCUUUGAUGAAGCAAACACCAAAGAGAUGCCCUUUAAAGUCAGCCAGACUGUGAGCAAACCAGUCCAGAUGAUGUUCCAGAAGAAGAAUCUGCGCUACAACUCCAUCGGUGGUCUGCAGAUCCUGGAGCUGCCAUAUGAGAAGGAGGAGCUCAGCAUGUUGAUCCUGUUGCCUGCCCAGUCCACAGACGGAUCCGACCCUCUGCUGAAGCUGGAGGAAGAGCUGACGCUGGAGAUGCUGAAUGGAUGGACCGACAGGGAGAAUAUGUUAGUCCACUCAGACAUCCAUGUUCACCUGCCAAAGUUCAAGCUGGAGGAGGAAUACAAGCUGAACGAGCCUCUGUCCGAGCUGGGCAUGACCGACGUGUUCUGCGCGUCAAAGGCCGACCUGUCUGGCAUGAACGGCGGAAGAGAUCUCUUCCUGUCUACAGUGGUACACAAGGCCUUCGUGGAGGUGAAUGAGGAGGGCAAGGAGGCGGCUGCGGCAACACCAGCCGUGGUCACUCCGGGUGGCCCUAUCUUGAAGGAGGAACACUUCACAGCAGACCACCCCUUCCUCUUCUUCAUCAGGCACAACAAAACCAAGUCCUUGCUCUUCCUCGGCAGGUUCUCGUCGCCUCAGUAGACAGAACCAGGAGAGGGAGAUAUUCAAAUAAAGGCUUAAUCCUUUAAAUGUGGGCUUCAAUUUCUGGGGUUUAGGCUAAUUAGCUUGGUUUUGUAUUAAUCAAUAAAGACUUGAUCCAACAA